CACACACACAAGGAAAGAGAAGAAGAGAGUGAGAAAUAAGAAUAACCAAAUCUUGUCAUCUCCCUCCACAUUUCUCUCUCUCUUUCUCUCUCUCUCCCUCUCUCUCUCGCUCGCUCUCUGCUGUCCUCGUGUGCUUCCUCCGAACUACUCGCUCCUUUCGGUCUAAACCACAUUAGUCAUUACCUCUCUGUCUCUCACAUUAAACAGAUCCUCACAACCCUUAAAAAAAAAACCAGUUCUACUUCUUCUUUUUUCUUUUUUCAUUUUUUGUUAAUUAUUUUUUUUUUUGCUCUAAAAAGAAUUCCAUUUCUUAAUGAACAAACCCUCCAGCACCAUCUCUUCUUCUUCUCCUCCUCCUCCUUCUUCUUCUUCUCUGUUGGGAUCAUUUAGCAUCUAAGUUUUCACAGUGAAUUUGAAUGAUGGAUGUUGCUGAGCUUGAAGAAAAUCUUUUUGCAGCAAGUGAUGCCAAGUUACAUGGAGAAAUGUGCAGGACUCUUUCUGCAAUAUAUUGUAAAAUAUUGACAAUAUUUCCUUCUCUAGAAGCAGCUAAGCCUAGGAGCAAAUCUGGAAUACAGGCAUUAUGUUCACUGCAUGUAGCUUUAGAGAAGUCGAAGAAUGUUCUUCAGCACUGCUCAGAGUGUAGUAAACUUUACCUGGCAAUAACUGGCGACGCCGUACUUCAAAAAUUUGAAAAGGCUAAGUCUGCACUUGUUGACAGUCUUAAACUGGUGGAAGAUAUUGUUCCUCAAUCUAUUGGGUGUCAGGUUGAGAAAAUUGUGGAUGAACUUGCAAGUACGGUUUUUGCAAUUGACCCCUCAGAAAAACAAGUUGGCGACGAUUUAAUUGCAUUGCUUCAGCAGGGAAAGAAGCUUGACAACUCUAAUGACAGUAGUGAACUUGAAUGUUUUCAUCAGGCUGCUACUAGACUUGGAAUUACAUCUUCAAGAGCAGCUCUUACUGAACGAAGAGCUCUCAAAAAACUCAUUGAAAGGGCUCGGGCUGAGGAAGACAAGCGGAAGGAAUCAAUUAUUGCAUAUCUUUUACACCUCAUGAGGAAAUAUUCUAAGUUGUUUAGAAGUGAGUUCUCAGAUGAUAAUGAUUCUCAGGGCUCCCAACCCUGUUCACCUACUGUUAAUGGAUAUGUUGAGGAUGGUGUUCAGACUCAAGCGUUUGAUAGAGUGUUUUCAAAACUUAGUUCCAUUAACUUAAAGCCGAAUAAUAGAAAAUCAGGCCCGAUGCCCCUUCCCCCUGAAGAGUUGAGGUGUCCGAUAUCUCUGCAACUCAUGAGUGAUCCUGUUAUAAUUGCUUCGGGUCAAACAUACGAAAGGGCUUGUAUAGAAAAAUGGUUCAGUGAUGGGCAUAACACCUGCCCAAAGACUCAACAGAAACUUCCACAUCUUUUAUUGACUCCUAAUUACAAUGUCAAGAAUCUUGUGGCUAGUUGGUGCGCACAGAAUGGAAUUCCUAUUCCUGAAGGCCCUCCUGAAUCUCUUGAUUUUAACUAUUGGAGAUUGGCUUUAUCAGAUACCGAUUCCACAAAUUCAAAAUCUGUUAACAGUGUAAAUUCUUGCAAGUUGAAAGGUGUGAAAGUGGUUCCAGUAGAAGAGAGCAGCAUGUCAGAGCAAACUGGGGUAGCUGGAGCUGAAAGUGUGUCUACACAAGAGGACGAUAAUGAACAGUAUCUUAGUUUUCUGAAAGUCUUAACAGAAGGGAAUGACUUACAGGGGAAGUGUAAGGUUGUACAAAGGUUAAGGAUGUUGCUAAGGGAUGAUGAGGACGCCAGGACAUUUAUGGGUGCUAAUGGAUUUGUUGAAGCACUUAUGCAGUUUCUCCAAUCAGCUUUGCAUGAAGGAAAUGCGAUGGAUCAAGAAAAUGGAGCUAUGGCCCUGUUCAACCUUGCUGUGAACAAUGACAGAAACAAGGAAAUGAUGAUAUCAGCCGGAGUCUUAUCCUUGUUGGACGAAAUGAUCUAUAAACCUACUUGCUAUGGCUGUGCAACUGCCCUCUAUCUAAAUCUCUCUUGCCUUGAAGAAGUCAAGCCUAUGAUUGGUUCGGGUCAGGCUGUCCCAUUCCUAGUCAAGAUUCUUAAAUCCAGCUCUGAUAUUCAAUGCAAGCUAGAUUCGCUCCACACUCUCUAUAAUCUUUCUACCGUACCCACCAACAUUCCAUACCUCCUUUCAUCUGGAAUCAUUGUUGGCUUGCAAUCCCAGCUUGUAGGCCAGGGUGAUAGUGUGUGGACCGAAAAAUGCAUAGCUGUAUUGAUAAAUUUGGCGGUUUCUCAACUGGGUAGAGAGGAAAUGGUGUCAUCUCCAGCAAUCAUAAGCACAUUGGCAUCGAUACUCGACACUGGUGAGCUCCUAGAGCAAGAGCAAGCCGUCGCAUGUCUCCUAAUUUUGUGUAACCGGAGCAAGAAAUGUUGCGAGAUGGUCCUUCAAGAAGGGGUCAUCCCUGCCUUGGUCUCAAUAUCGGUAAAUGGGACGUCAAGAGGCAGAGAAAAAUCUCAAAAGCUGUUGAUGCUCUUCCGAGAGCAACGACAAGAAGAGCAUUCCCCGAUCAAGCCACAAGGCCGACCAGAAACCAGCAAUUCAUCUAUACCUAAGCCUGAGAUGAAACCACUAUGCAAGUCUACAUCUAGGAGAAAGGUGGGGAAGGCUUUAGGCUUUCUGUGGAAAAGCAAGAGCUAUUCUGUUUACCAGUGUUAGGUCUCAAUGCAAAUCUUUCGAUGCUUAGCUUCUAUUAGCCCUGGUUUUUAUCCUAAGCUCAAGUCCUGUUCCAUUGGGUGCUCCGGCUGGUUUUUCCAACGCGUAGAGAUGUACAUGCAUGUGUAAUUUUGUGGAUUCUGUUAAUUCUUCAGUUUCUUUCCUCAUUGUAAUAUCAGUCAAUUCUUAGUAUUAGAUAUUUAUUUAAUUUUUGGUAAUAUAUAAUAGGUGUUCCACGUUUUAAAUUUACUUUUGAAAGGUCAAGUUAGAAACACACAGAAAUGUUUCUCUAUCUUAUUUAAUAGUUGGAUAUUAUCAGCCUUUUCAAACCACAGCUGCCAGCGUUUAGAUUGCCGUUGUCAGCUACUGGACCGUUGCUGGAAAGUCAUUGGCGGCCAUCGGUGCAUGUUCUACGGCAAUGUGGUACGUACUUUUGUCCUUGAAUUUUGUUUCUACUUUAUGGAAGUUCUCAAGAAUUCUGUUUCAAGACAACUAACAUUUAGUCUACUUGUUCGUGUUUACACUAUUGAUCAUGUUUUUGUCCAAGGACAUGAACCAAACAAAGCAUGGAGAUGUUUUGUUUAUACACCCAAAAUUGAGUAAAGUCUGGAGAACUUGGAGAAAUGAGCUUCAGAUAUUGAACCUUCUAUUGUAUUCUUUUGAAGCGUAAGUCUUCCAAAUUGGAUAGCUGACCAAACCCUUCAUGUAAGUUCCCUUCAAUUCAUUGCUAUCAAGUCCUAAUACUUGAAGAGAAGAAAACCGAGAAAGGUUUGUCAUCAUACUAGUAAUUUGAUUCCUUCCCAAAUCCAAAGUAGGCAAUGAAUGCAAGGAGAAAAUGCAUGAACGAGCUCGUCUUAUUGUUAGAUAGGUCUAGUUCACUCAAAGUUCUACCACGUACUUGGCUUUGAAGGAAGUUAUUUGCAAGAUAUAACUGCUGUACUAAAUUUAUGAAGACAUUGAUCAAUCACUACAUUUAAUUUCUCACAAUUUGUGCACCAGUAUUGUACUCAACAAUGCUUCUUACCACCACCCUUUUUCCCUUGUUUCCCUUUACCUCCUUUCUUGGUCCCUUUACUAGACAUUGAUCUUGAUGUUGAUGUUGACGGUGCUGAAUUUAGCAAAUGCCUCACAUGAUCACAUCCAGUAUGCCAUUUUUAAAGUGUAAUGUUA